AACUUUAGGUUUCUUCAGGUAGAUGAGUUUUUGGAGCGCACUUUAACACUUUAACUGCGGAUCACAGAAGAUAGAUUGCGCAAGUUUUUUUGCUCUCACCAGCAGAAACCAACCGGAUCAGCGAGUCAAGUGCAGCUCCGCGAUGGCACUAAAUCAUGGAUUUUAACUGUGGCAACAUUUCCCUGCUUUUAAUGUGUUUUAAAUGUUUGAAACACGUUGUUCUGGCACCGCGCUGGCAUUUCUUGCCGUCGUGGUGUUUCCUGUGCUGCUGGAAUGUUUCACAAUAUGUAAGUCACUUGUCUGUCCAGAUUAUGUUCAGGGACCCUGUCCUGUCAGUCUGGUCCCCGGAGUCCCGGAGAAGGACUUAAGGGAACCUUACUCUGAAUGUGUCACUGUCCGUGUCUGGAUAAAGUCUGACGACCUCUGUAAGGCCCCGAAGAUUGAAAUUCUCUCAAAAUAUCAAGAGAUAAUAAGGCCUAUAAAAAAGAAAACCCCAAAAAAGUGUGACAAUGAAAGAAAUGAAGGUGAAAAGCGUGUCACAUGUCCCAGAGGUCCCAGAACGUCUCUGUGGGAGCUGGUAUAUGAUUGUGUCAAAGUUGUAGCAGGGAGAGUUGUUACUGUGUCCUACAGCACAACAUCAUCAACCUGCAGCGUCAAUUACACCGUACCAGAUCCCAUUCCAGACUUUGACCUCUCUGUGAACCUGUCGUCUGAAUCCGUCUCUGUCACCGUGGAGCCUGGAGACAAAGUCUACGCCAGAUUGUGCUACCAAAAAUAUGCCGGGAACUGCAACGACCAUACAAUUUCCCCCAGGAUUACUAUCGAUCCAUCUCAGUCUCGCUCCGCUCUUCUUAACAUAACGUACCUGCUGCCCUGUUUGUGCAUGCAGGUAUAUUACACCCGUCCGGAUUCCAUGCGUCGCACACAUUGCCCAUUUCAAAAUAAGAGCCUUGCAAAUGUUGCAGAUGUUUGGCGCUCCUCUGAAGUCACGCUGUAUGAUUCAGGUUUGAAGUGGAGCUCCUUGUGUCCUGCCAUUUACCUGAGAGUCUCUGCCUCCCUCUGCUGGAAGCACAAUGAACACGUCUGCACACCUGUCCUCAACUCCACUCUGCAGGAGAAAGAAGAAAUGCUGAACCUGGUUUUCAACACCUCUGCAGUGGACAAACACCCUCAGAUGUGUGUGCAGUUUUCUCUACAAGGGAGCCACAAUAUAUCUUGCCCAUUCAAGGCAGAUAAGUCUUCAUGGGAGGUACAUCAUGGGCCGGGCAGGCAGAGUGUGUUUCUGUAUCUCAGGUCUUCUGUUCCUGCAAAGUUCUCAGCUCAACUCUGUGUCCUCAGUAGGAGAGAGUGUUUACCCAUUGGCCAGGUCCACUCAGUGACAAUGAAAGGGAAUACUGAGUCGAGGAUCACUGUGCCUCUUCACUUUGUUGCUGAGAAGCCGUGUCUGCAGGUGUGGCAGUCAGAUCCAGCUCUUCAUGGGAGAAGAAUUCUGUGCCCGGACUACACGCACAACAGAUGUGGCAUGUAUGCUGUGGGAGCUUUGGUGUUUGCAGUUGUUGUUGUUUUUCUUGGAAUUUUCAUCCACCGUCUCACCAAAAGUGGAGCUGCAGGUUGGCUGUGUAUCCAGGAGCCAGUGUUGCUGGUGUGCUCAUCAGAGCAGACUGCUCAUGUCUCUGCUGUGUGUGCAUUAGCUUCAAUCCUGCAGGGGGAGCUAAGCGCCAAAGUGCACAUGGCUUUGUGGGCCCAAAGCUCACAAACACAGGCUGGAACUGGAGUGGCAGAUCUGGGUCCACUUCCCUGGCUGUACGGCCAGUGGGACACCGUGCGGAGGGCACAAGGAAAAGUGCUGAUUAUUUGGAGUCCUGAAGCCACAAAGACUUAUGAGAAGUGGAGGGAGGAGAGGAAGAAUGUGGUUAAGAACGAGAAACAAAUGAAAGAUUACAGCAAAGAAGAGGUGAGACAUGAGAAAAAGGCAGUAGAGGUUGAAGAGGAUUUGAAACCAAAUGGAAGAAGAAUGGGAAAAUGCAAAAAAGAGAAAGCUGGAAGAAAAAAAGAAAAUAUGAAAUUAUUUGAUGAUAAAGAGUGGAAUAACCAGAGGGAGCCCUCUACAGUGAUAGCACCAGUAUUUAGAGCUGCUCUGGCCUGCCUGGAGGGGGCGCUGCAGGAGUGCAAAGGUCAAGGAGUGUCUCUGGUCUACUUCCAGGGCCUCUGCCACAGCAGGGACAUCCCCAAAGCCUUAAGAGGGGUCCCUCGCUUCUGCUUACCACAGGAUGUCAGGGGUCUGAUACAGGAGCUGGGAGGGAUGAGAAGACGGACUAAAACGGGUAAAUUCAGGUGGCACUGCUGGCCCAGACUCCUGUCCAAGGUGCUGUCCAUAUGGCUGGCCCGGCAGCUGGCUCAGAGACUGCAGACACUGCUGCCCCAGAUGCACGGGAAGAAAAUGCAGGGACAGAGUUUCACAUCAUCACUGAAAACGUUGCCAGGUAAGAGGCAGAGCAGGCUCAAGUUGCCACUAGAGGCCAACACGGCACGGCCAGGACCUGCACCAGAGCACGAGCCUCUACACGCGUCACCAUGGUGACCGGAGAAACUUUCAUCUCAGGUUUCACGUGUCAGACUUUUGUUCAGCUUGAAACUUGAUACGUUCACAUGAGACAGGGGAGCUGGUGUUCCAUAAUGAGCUUUUCAUUGCACAACACCAUCAUGUAAAAAAAUGCACCACUCAAUUUGCUUAUUGGGAAUAGGUAGACUGAACACUGAGCCCAGUCUCCUGCGUUCAGCCUCUAACAGGGGCCUUUCUUGUUACGAUGUUGACUGAAGCCAUAGUGAACACCUGUCUGGUCUGCCGUAUGUAAAUAUGCUAUCUUCUCAGAGUGUCAGUUUGCAAAUUAUACCUCACAUUUUUCAUAAGUGCAUUUAUUCUGAGAAAGAGUUAGAGCAACAGCUACUUUAUGACUGCAGAAAACAGGAAGUUGUACAUUUGCAUCGAAGUUUGUAAACAGGGACGUUAAACCAGAGCGGUUCUAUGGCUUCCAGUGUUCCAGUGCAGCAGGUGUAAAGAUAAACUGAUUUACAAAGAGGUGCGCUCGACAAUUUGGCAGUUAAUUCAGUCAUCAUUCAUCUGUCACGGCCUUUAGUGAAAGAGACCUAUUAUUAAAUAUGUGCACACAUACUACCUCUUUAAACAAGGUAUUAAUCAUCAAUGUUUUG